GUCAAAAUAAAAACCAACAAUAAAAUCUAUUCGAUCGCGAUAAAUGAAGAAUUUGCUGGUUACUCCCUACAAAAAUGUAUUUAAUCAACACCGAGCAGAGGGAGCACUUGAAACUACUGCGGGAAAACAGUCCAGAUGUUGCCAUUGAAAUAUGUAAACUAACUUUGGAUUAUAUGAAUAAUGGUUUGAACAAUUCGAAUCGAUUCCAGGCCAUUGCAACCAAAAUAAAUACAUCAACAUCGGCCCUUCAAGAUGCGAUAAAUGCUUUAAUUAUGCUUCAGUUGAAUUCUAUCAAAACCAAAGUAUCUGAAGAGGAUUUUGCACUAAUCGCACAGACCGGAUUUUCAAAGGAGCACAUUUCGAUUCUUUGGCAAUUCAUUACAAGCAAACGCGAUUUCGUGUUGAAUGUUUUGGAUCAAAUCAGUUUAGUGGAAUAUCGAUUUCGUGAUUUGGAGUGGCGUCUUGAAGGCAGGAUAUCAUCUCGAAGUUUGAUGCAUCAAUCCAUUCCAUUCAUUACCAUCAAAUUUCAUUUGGAUUCAGAAAAAGUGAACGAAAACAAAAGUCCAUUGGACAUGAUUGGAGAGUCAGCAUCAGAACCACUGACUGGUGAUUCGCAACAGCAUAGUCGCAAGAAGGUAGUCAUUUUCCAGACUGAUCCGAAUAAUUUACUUUACAUUAUAAACGUCUUGGAGAAAACAUUACAAGAAGCUCGUACUCAUCGUGUACGAAAUAUUGUUAAGAACCUAUGAAUAAGUCAAUAAAAAACCAAACUAAACCACUACGUA